AUGCAGCUGGCGACCCUGCUAUCCCUCUCCGCCCUCAUCGGGUGCACUAUCAGCGACAACGUUUUAGUGAAGCACUCGACUCCCAGUGCAGUCGGACGAGAAUGCAAAUGCGUUCCUGGAGAUGAAUGCUGGCCGGCCGAGUCUUUGUGGAAAGAAUUUGACACUGCUCUCGGCGGCAAACUCGUCAAGACCCAGCCCAUCGCACAAUCUUGCUACGAUGGCCCGAUCAAGGACCUGGAAGCGUGCGCACACGUAGCCGAGAUGUGGUCGGAUCAGGAUUUUCAGACAUCAAAUCCCAUUGGCCGGCCGUAUCCGUACAACAUUACUUGUGCGCCGGUAGAUUAUGCUGCGGGUCAAGUUCCAACAAACUGUUCUCUCGGCCCAUUGCCAACAUAUGCAGUAAAUGCAACAACUCGGGAUCACAUUUCCUCGGCCAUCGGAUUUGCGCGUCAGCACAACAUUCGCUUGGUUGUCGCCAGCACGGGACAUGACCUUCUUGGUCGAUCCGAUGGCUAUGGCAGUCUUGAGAUUUGGUUGCGACACUAUCGCAACACGAUCGACUUCCAAGACACUUACGUACCUGGCAGGCGCUGCUCCAAAUCAGGGUGGAACGGCAGUGCGCUUCAUAUCGACGGCGCGUAUCAAUGGCGCGACGUCUACAAAGUUGCAAAGGCAAACAAUGUGAUUGCUGUUGGCGGAGGUGCUGUCUCUCCUGGUGCCAUUGGAGGAUGGCCUUCGGGCGGUGGCCAUGGACCUGCGACACGCAAUUACGGACUUGGGGCAGACCAGAUUCUGGACGCAGAAAUCAUGCUUGCAGAUGGACGCAUUAUUGUGGCUAGCCAUUGUGAGAACACGGAUCUCUUCCGAGCCCUCCGUGGCGGUGGCCCAGGCUAUGGUAUUGUUCUCGGCAUGAUGAUCAAGGCACAUCCCAAUGUCGAUGCCGUCACCGCUCAUAAGCUCGCCAUCGCGCCCCUGCAGCAGACCGCGAACAACUCUGAUCUUCUCGACGCCGUGGCAGUCCUUCUUCAGUCAUAUCCCGACCUCAACGACGCAGGAUUUGCCGGCUACGCCUUCUGGUUCCGCAACUUUCCAACUAUCUUCGUUGGCAAUGCCACUUCCGGCUAUUCUCAUGGCUUCUGGACCAUUGGAAAGACAAGAGAGGAAGCUGAUGCUGGUUUCGCACCUGUGCGCGAGGCUCUCGGCAAGUUCUCAGACAGGCUGUUCAUUAGCGAGAGCUUCGCCUCGUAUGAUGACUACUGGUCCUUUUAUGAGGCAGAGUCAGGGCUGUACGAUCCCACCGGCGACACCUCCAUUCUCACAUCCCGCAUGAUAGAUCGGUCGGCCGUCGAAGAUUACACCCACGUCCGUGAGGCUGUGGAGGUUCUCAGCGGUAAGCCGGAGGAGUUUGCGUCCAAUGUCGUACUUCUGGUCUCCGGUGGACAGGUAUUCGAGAAUGCCAAAGAUGCAACCUCGGGCUUACACCCGGCAUGGCGGAAUUCUUCCUACGCCCUCAUCACUGGUCGUGGAGUUUCGAGAACAGCAAGCAAUUCUGAGCGGAAAGCUGUGCAAGACGACAUCACGUACGUCAAGGGUGCGGCCGGGAAAAGGCUUGCGCCAACUACUGGAGGUUACAUAAACGAAGGUGACCGGCAUGACCCGGAUUACAUUGAAACGUUCUACGGCGCCAACUACAACCAACAUCUGGCAGCGAAGAAGAAAUAUGAUCCGUUCAACGUCUUCUACUGCCCCACUUGCGUUGGCUCAGAGGCCUUUGUAGAACUACCUGACGGGCCACUGUGUAAGAGGAAGGCUUAG